CGGGUUUCUACCCGGAUCCAGGCAGGCAGCUCGAGCUCAAGGCUAGUGACCAUCGGAAUGAAAAUGCCGUCGUCUUUAUUCAGCAUUGCUCUGGUUUCUUUUAUUCUGGUUUUUAUUGCGUCAAAUUUCGGAGAGGUGUUAGCUGAUGACAAAGGACGAGGAUUUGGUGACCAUAUUCACUGGAGGAGCCUUGACGAUGGGAAGAAGGAGGCUGAAGCAAGUGGGCUCCCUCUGAUGGUCAUAAUUCACAAGACGUGGUGUGGAGCCUGCAAAGCAUUAAAGCCCAAGUUUGCUGAAUCAAAGGACAUCUCUGAGUUGGCUCACAACUUUGUCAUGGUUAACUUGGAGGAUGAAGAGGAGUCAAAAGAUGAGGCCUUUAGUCCAGAUGGCGGUUACAUUCCAAGAAUACUUUUUCUUGAUCCCACUGGUAAAGUCCACUCUGAGAUCACAAACAAGAAUGGGAACCCCAACUACAAAUUCUUCUACAGCAAUGCAGAUCAAGUUGUGGCUAGCAUGAAGGAAGCUCAAGAGAAGCUGACUGGUGAUGCCUUCAGGUCCACUCACAUCGGGGAUGAACUCUAAGAAGGGCAAAAGCAGCAUGAAAAGAUUUCAGCCAGUACACUGCAUCACCUUGCUGGGCACAUGAGAUCCAUCCAUCCAUCACAAACCUCAACUCCUGUCAUUUAAUUUGAUCUGCUAUAGCACAAGACAAGCUUAAAAAUGAAGGAAUUUAUAAUGCAUUUACGGAUUACAUUUCAAGGUAUCGUAGCUUGCGGUAGAUUGGCUUUUUACUUUGAGAACCAAAGCAUACUUACUGUCCAUGUCACAUAAUGGGUGCUAAAAAAUCAAUUUUUUUUUUCUUCAUCUUGCAUUUCAGAAGUUCAAAGCUGACAUGUCCAUAUUGAUUGUUCAUGUUGAAAACAUUCAGCCCUCUUGACUGCAUUCUUAAGGCACUACACGUUUUUUUUGACUAAGAAACACGCCAGUAAGACAUGUCUCAUGUGCUUCCAAGCCAUAUCUUGCAAGCUGUGAUAAACUGAUCCGGUUACACAGACACUUACAUGAAGAGCCUUAUAAUACCUAAACUCUACCCCCCUAAAAACUAUGUUUUCAUGAACGUACCAGUUCUAUUAUGUUAUUAGAAAUUAUAAUAGUGUCUCUUAAACUUGCCAUGUCUUAGUCCUCGAUAUAUGGAGUCGCCUUUAAUUUUAAAUACAGAUUUUUACUAUUGACAGUAACUGUAAUUCAAGGCCUAUAAUGUGAGCUGUCACUGCUUUCUUUUUCU